ACCCUGCACGACGCGGUGACGUACAAACUUGACGCGACAGGGGUGGGGCUUAUGACUUUGCGAAAUGGAGAUAGGAGCUCCCGGUGAACACAGUCCUCUGUGUUGGAAGAAUUUGUUGCCAAAUCGAGCAGAAAUAUCGACAAACGAAACCAGCAACGUCGACCACAGCCGGCCGGGCGAGACCACAGCAGCCAACGUAUGAAAUGCAGCACUUGGUAGGAUGAUCAGUAAUCACGAAGAAGAUGAGUUUGUGGCAGUGCGGGUUCAAGAUCCCCGCAUUCAGAACGAAGGCUCCUGGAACUCCUAUGUGGAUUAUAAAAUAUUCCUGCAUACCAACAGUAAAGCCUUCACAGCCAAGACAUCCUGUGUGCGGCGGCGUUACAGUGAGUUUGUGUGGCUCAAGAAGAAGCUGCAGAAGAACGCCGGUUUGGUACCAGUCCCAGAUCUUCCAGGGAAAUCCUUCUUCUCCUUCAACAAUGAGGACUUUUUGGAGAAGAGAAGAAAGGGACUUCAGAUUUUCUUGGACAAAGUGGUGCACAUGACCGUCUGUCUGUCCGACAGCCAGCUCCACCUUUUCCUACAGACCCAGCUGCCAGUCGGUCACAUCCAGGACUGUGUCCAAGGCCACACCCCUUACUCCGUGACAGAUGCCAUCCUCACGUAUGCCUCGUCCAAUCAGGGGCUAGCUCAGGCACAGGAGGACGAUUUGAUCAAGGAGCCAUGUUUGACCAUUUCUUACGAAUCAAUGGAAAGCCCGGCUCCUCAUCAACCUUGCCAGCAACCUAAUGAGACCAUCAGCUCGGAGCUCGUCUCAUGUGGUGACGCUGACCCUCUAGAAGGUUUACUGGAGGUCCAUGAUCAGCACCACAGGAAGAAAUGCUCAGUAAAGAUUUCCCAGAAGAGCAACCAUCUUGAGGCGGUUCUUGAGGUGGUUCCUGAGGACAGCGGCCUGUCAGAGGCGACCUUUUAUCUGGGGGACAGUCCAGAGAGUCUUAGCUCUGCUGAGCAGAUCCAGCAGAGGUUACAGACUCCAGUGGAGGUGUACUCGUUCACGGGGAUCGGCUUUGAGGACAGCGUGAUCGAGGGGGAGAUUGUUUUACCUCCAGGUGAAGAAGAAAAGGUGGAGCUGCAGGAGAGUAAUGAGGAUGCUUAUAAAGGAAAAGUCAACUGUGAGCCUGAAAAAUGUGAUGAUUCUGAGAAGAUUUUAGAUUUUAAGGAAAAUAACUGUGAUGAACACAUUUUAGGAAGUGAUGCCAGAUCUCAGGAAGCUAUGGAAGACAUCUGUACUGAGAAUCCUGUCAUCUCUGAGGUUAAUGAGGUUCAUGUUCUAGAAGUCAACACCGACGACCAAACAAGUGACAAAGCAGGAGGUAACGAGGAAACGCCGCUCGAGUCAGAAAUCAGUGACGAGGCCCACAUGGUUAACGGUGUAUCUGCGGCGGAACAGGAUGGUGAUGAUCCUGAAGACACACAGGAAGUGGAUUUUGCUGGCAACAAAGAUGAAAGUGACGAGGGCGACACGGUCAGCUCCUCACUGCCAUCUUCCAACGAGAGCAUCGUGAAGGUCAGUGACGAGGAAAGCGUUUGUGAGGAGGCUGACGACUCGAUCCAGGUUGCAAACGAGUUUGUGAAGACUCCUCCUAAAGACGCCACUCGCUGGUCAGAUGUGGAGGCCUCCAGCAGGAACAUCAUGGACCUGCAGGUGAACGGAUAUCCUGAGGAAAAACGGCACCUUUCUGCCCAGGAGGACGAUGACCUGCAGUACACCCUCAGUGACCUGAGUAAAUCUGCAGACCUUAACUCUCCUGUAACUGCAGGAGAUCUAACUGAAAAUGGAGAUUUUAGUAUCUUAGCAACCAGCCACGCUCGUGGAUUGGGUGACGGUAGAUGUACUGAGGAGGAGGCCCCACUCUCAUCCUCAGAGGAGACUCAGGAGGUGGAGGUGCAUUAGUUAAGAGUCUUCCUCUAAUAUAGAUCCACUGAAUCACACCCUCUGUUCCAAACUCUGCCCAUCGUACAUAGCGUCUUCAUAUCGUCUUCAUAUCGUCAGGGUUACGAGACAUACCUCACACUCUCAGUCAUGUAGGUAUAACACUUCCAAAACAGCAUGAAUCUAACAUUAGAAUUUGUCUGUUAUGGAUCUGAUUUCCCUCCUGACUGCUUCACUUCUCCAUUUGGCUUCAGUGAACAGCAGAAGGUGCUCGAGUUAAGUUUAGGUUCAUACUCUGAGCCCUUUCAGUAAGGAAACAGCUGGGGCUGAAUUUUGGCAAAAAAUAUACACCCAAAUUAAAGGAUAAGUUCACAUUCCUUCAUGUCUGUAUUGAAACUUAGUGGAAUUUGUGUUCAUACUGACCACCAAGAGACGUUUUCCUGAUGUAAUUAAAGAAAUAAACAACCAAAAAUGCUAACAUAAGGUCAGGGUUUUUCUUGCAUAUGAAAAAAAUAGUGCCCACUAAUUUGGUUUUGGCUUUCUACUAAAGCAAAAUCACCAGAACUGUGACUGUCUUUCUUUUUGUAAGUUAAAGCAUGUUAACACGGAGUCUUUGCACUGACUUUGUGAUCCCUGAGGCCCAUUUUGAGCCUAGAAAAACCCUGGAGGGGGUUAACUUGCAAACACAACACUGCUUCCUACAGUGGACAGGUAGAGUGGAAAUUCAGCACUUAAAAGAUUAAUGUGAAAAACCUUUAUUUAAAUCUCUUUGAAAAAGGGAUCUCUAAAUUCUUUCAAGACAGACAUUGAACAAAGUGAACGUUUCUCUAAAUCUAGAGUUCCUCAUCACAUUUCCUCGUCACAAAUGAGACCUAACCGCUCUUUAAAUAUGCUUCCCUUGCUGUUAAAUAGUUGUUAUACCCGGCUUGUAUUAAUUCUUCACAGCUUUCACCGUGCUGGUCACUAACGCAUGAUGAUACUCGGGCUGUGAACAAGCGUAGACGUAGUUCACUCCUCGUACACACGUCUCUGAUCAUGCGUUAAACUGGUAUUUAUUACUGAAGGAUGAGAGGGGAAACGACUCACUUAAAUCAACCUGUGAAAUGCACACGGGCUCCUGUUUGAACUUCUGAUCUGUAACAAUGUGAUUCCUGUUUUGUGUUUAUAGAGCUUCAUGAAGUAGAAAUGGAUGCCUUGCACCUUUACGGCCAUGUCAUGGUUUUACACUAAGAGUUUUUACUUAUAAUUUAUACACUCCAUUCAGGCAAGAUGAGCACAGCUUAUUUUUACGAAUA